UUUGGAUCGAACAGCUGGUCAUAAGCGGCCAUACAAAAAACCUGAAGUGAUAAUUAUGUGUUCAUUGUAACUAAAUGAUUAAUAUAAAUAGAAGUUAAACUAGCUAAGUAUUCACUAAAUAGUAUUGUUGUAAAAAUGUGGGUUUUUGGUUAUGGUUCUUUGAUGUGGAAAGUCGACUUUCCCUACGAAAAAAAGCUGGAAGGUUAUGUUAAAGGGUACGACAGGAAAUUUUAUCAGCACAGCACCGACCACAGAGGAACGCCCGAAAAACCUGGAAGAGUGGUAACGUUAGUACCAGGAGACAAAGAAGCGAGAGUUUACGGUAUAGCGUACAAAAUUAGCGAAGAUAAAGUCGACGAUGUUGUGUCGCAUCUCGACUACCGGGAAAAGGGUGGCUACGAAAGAACUCCAGUAUUAUUCUAUCCGACCAAGGAAGACGUGCAACCGUUCGAAUUAGUCAUUUAUUUAGCCAACGGUGAGAACCCUCAGUACGCUGGUCCAGCCGAUUUAUCUCAAAUAGCGGAGCAGGUCGUCUCAUCCGUCGGACCUAGUGGACCUAACAUCGAUUACGUUUGUAAUUUGGCGAAGAUCAUGAGGGAGUUGUUUCCUGAAGUGAACGACGUGCAUCUGUUUAGUUUGGAAAAGAUCGUCCUCAACUUGUUGAACGAAAGGAAACAGCUUAAGGUUAAGAGUUGAAGGAAUUUUAUAAUUUAUUGAUAUUAAAUGAAUAUUAACUGA